CGCAGUUAGAAAUACAGGUCAGAUUCUAACGUGUAAUAGAUUUCAAGGUUAAAUAUUGGUCAAGAUCAAAUAAUGUUAUUUAUCCUUGCACAUUCUUUAACAUCCCAUACCAAUUUCAUUGUCCUGUUUUUUUUAAAAAGGCUUACCUUACAAGUAAGUUUAUUUCUUUUAUUAGACAGAUGCAAUAUAACAUCGGGUAAAUCCGGAAAUAUUUAGAUUUCAGUGAAUAUAAAAAAUAAUAUGAAACAUGACUGAACGACUGAAGCCAGAUAUGUUUCAGAGUCACAAUUUAAAGUUGAUAAAUAGUUCUCCUUGCACAGAAAUUAUAAAUUUUUUAAAAUUAAAUUUUUUUCAACAGCUAAAUAAGAUUUAAAAAACUGAUUGUGCUUUAUCCAUGCGUAAUGUUUAUAAGUGCAGGGGCUUAGAAGAUUGUUACAAACUAUUUAUUGUAAAGUUUAGGGUUACCUGGCCUAUGUUCCUUUACCUUCUCUGCGCUUAUGUGGCAACAAAGUCACCCCGCCCACUUAAUGCAGUUUUUGGCGUCAUGCAUGCAGAGGACUUCCGGGGAAAACAAAAUGGCGGACGGGGUCAACACUGUGACUCAUUUAUCCUGAUUUACUUAUUCCUCUUUCUUUCAUUUAAACAGAAGAGUCAUAAAGUUUUUCAUCUUUCUUUAACUAGAACACUUAAAAAAAAAUGUAUUUAUAUCUUCUAAUUUUUUUUUUUUAAAUGUGCACUCCUUUCUGAAACUUCCAUUUUGUUAAAACUUCAUUAUUAACCUACAGUUAUAUAUUCCUAAAAAGUUAAGAAUACAUAAUUGAAGUACGUCAAUUUCCGAAGGGGAGUGGGGGUCUAAAAAAAGUGUAACUUUUUGUGACACGGGUGGGGGGGGGCCUAGGGGAGAAGACCUUCUGUGACGUCACACAUUGCCUAUUUAUUUUCAUUUAAAUAAAAUUUGAAAUUUAACAGUGAUGUUGAACUUCCAGUUGUUGCUGAUUUAUCCUGGCAGAAUUGUUCACUUGUAUCAAUCUAAAAGGUUAAUAACAACAGCAGGAGAGUUGUUGUUUUUUUGUUGUUGUUUUUUUUUUUGUUUGUUUAGAUAAAAUUUUGAUGCCGUGUUCACUUGUUAGCAAGUGUCCAGUUCAAACAUGUGAUGUCCAUUGUGGCGCGCGGGCGGGUGGGUGGCUGGUGGGGGCCGGGUGGUGCCUGAGAUGUGUGACAGAUUUGUGACAGUUGGGAGAGGGAGGGUGUUGAAACCGUCCAAAAAUGGAUGUGUCGAGCUUGAUGGGCGGCUCCUAAGCUGAAGGCAUACGAUCAUCCGACUGCCUGCAAGUUUUUAGAUUCCCAUUUCAGUGAACAGUUUUCAGUGAUUUUUUUUUUAUUUUGUUUAAAGAAUAAUUUGGAAAAUUGCGAAAUCGUCCUUAAUCCUAAAUAAUGAAUACUCUAGAUCAAAUGACAAUGAAUGAAAUAAACGAAUAAUAAAUAAAACAAAAAUAGCGAUUAUCUAUAAAUAUAAAGCUUACGUGUGUUCCCUAAUUAUUGUUUGAUAAGUUUCAUGCCAUAUAGUUGGAUCAUCGUUCAGGAUUUUGCAGCUCUCUUAAAGCUCAACAUUAGAAAUCGCACACGAACGGUAUUAUAAAUAUCUUUUUAAUUUCUAUUAACACCGCUACGUUCUUUGUUGUUAUAUAUAUAUAUAUAUAUAUUAUAUAUAUUGAAAACUUUAGUGUAUUAAAUUUGUUAAACAUAAGUGUAUAUAUAAUUGUUAAAUAUAAGUGUAUAUAUUUUUAAAAUAUAAUUGUAUGCAAAAAAAGAUUUUAAAAAAAGUUCAGAAUUUGUAUACAUGUUUUACACGCUAUUUACAAAUAAUGCAUUUUCCUCGCCUUGCAGUGAGAUUAUGUGUUUUUUUGUUGUCCCAUUAAAAAUUUCUUUGUCCAUUUUCUUAUUAGUAACCAUUAGUUGUUUGUUGCGUCAUGUGAUAACAUACUGCAGGAAACUCAAGCUUUUUUAGAAAAACUAUUUUCAUUAAUGCCAUACUAUAACUCCUUGUAGAAAACAUUUAGUCAAAUUUUUGGGGGGAUUAGAGAUAACUAGGGUUUCUAGGUUUACUGACGCUUUGAGCGGGCCAAGAUUUGUAUUCCCUCCCCGACUACCCCUUUUUUCCAUGAAACACCUCUGCCUUUGGCCGAAGACGCCACCACCUCCAAACACGCAGGUAGGUUUGCCAUCCGUCCCGAUAUAUCCGGACUGUCACUGUUAUGGACCUUACACGUAUUUAUAUUAAAUAAUUGUUCUCUACUUUAUUUCUACACCCCCCAUCUAAGAGUGUCCUGACGCGGUCCCAGCUAGAUAACACGGCAACCCUACAAGCAGGGUCAACAGACUCCUUUCCCCAACCUCCCUCGGUCAAGCCUAGGUGUAACAUUCGCCCCAUACGAUUCAUGCGUGUAUUUUUAAUUUCUGUUUUUUUUUUAAUUUAAAAAUUGCGUAUUAAUUAUAACUAUCUCCCGAAUGCAAAGAUAUUAUUUAUAUGUGUGUAAUAAAUUGUGAUUUUUUUUUAAAGUAGGUUUUACAACUAUGACCCAUUUUUUGCAGCAUUCAGCUCUAGUAUAGUCCUAACCUCACAUUCAGUGUGUUGUUUUUUGUUUGCCUAGCCAAAAAAAAAAAUAAUAAAAGAGACGGGAACAUUAAAAAUUAACAAAAAAUACUACAAAUGCAAGACACAAUAAAUCCCAGUGAAAGGAGCUUUUAUAGGUUUUGUGUGCGUAUGAUAGUUCCACGGUGUUAUUUUGCAUAAAUUUUUAAGUGUAGUUUGUGUCCUGAGUCCGUACGCUACACACAACACGAAUAACGUCAUUAUCAUAUCGUGUUGUACACAUUACUGGAAAAGAGGAGAGCAGUUAAGGUAAGCAACCUAUUAAUACUCUUUAUCGCUGUUUAUUUUUAAAAAGUAGGGCUUGUUUUUAUUUUUCAUUUGACUACAGUAUCUUUUAUAUCGAUUGACGGUGUUGGGUUAAAGGCCAUGUAUAGCAGACUAAAUUAUGUUAAGCCCUUAUAGUCAAUUUUUUGACGCACACGGCCAAUGUCCAUUUUGUGGAAGAAGUUAAGAGACGUUUACCAUUUAGACAUUUAGAAAAGAUGAUAUUUUCCUCUCUGUAGUGUCGAUUAUACCUAACUAGGUUUGCUGGAGUAAAAAUGUACUAGAUCACAAGCCGUAAAAAGGGAACUAGAUCAGAAGCUGUAAAAAGAGAACUUGAUCACAAGUCGUUAAAAAGGGAACUAGAUCACAAGCCGUAAAAGGGAACUAGAUCACAAGCUGUAAAAAGAGAACUAGAUCACAAGCUGUAAAAAGGGAACUAGAUCACAAGCUGUAAAAAGGGAACUAGAUCACAAGCUGUAAAAAGAGAACUAGAUCACAAGCUGUAUAAAGGGAACUAGAUCACAAGCCGUAAAAAGGGAACUAGAUCACAAGCUGUAAAAGGGAACUAGAUCACAAGCUGUAAAAAGGGAACUAGAUCACAAGCUAUAAAAAGAUAUCUAGAUCACAAGCUGUAAAAAGGGAACUAGAUCACAAGCUGUAAAAAUGGAACUAGAUCACAAGCUGUAUAAAGGGAACUAGAUCACAAGCUGUAAAAAGGGAACUAGAUCACAAGCUGUAAAAAUUUACAACUAGAUCACAAGCUGUAAAAGGGGAACUAGAUCACAAGCUGUAAAAAGAGAUCUAGAUCACAAGAAAAGAAAAGAAGUACGCCCCCUUUGGUUGUAAAUAAGAAAUGGAGAAAGAAUUAAUGAUGAAAGUACCAGGUCAUUGUAUUUCAUCCCUUGUUGUGUCAUUGAUAUAUUGAUUGGACAAGAUUAUAGUCUCAUGAAUAUUUUAUUUCUCUAGAACUCUGUGCAAAAGAGGAAAAUUACAUUUAGAUAGCAUUCUUCAUAAAAACGGUUAAUUUUAUUUCAUGAAGAAAUAUGAAGUGAUUCAACCAAAUUAAAGAUUAAUUGACAUAUUGCAUCGUCUUUUUUUUUUAUUUAAAAAAAAAACCAAACAGAUUUGUAUUACUGCUUGGCUAACAGUGGCCGAACAUAUCUAAAAAGAAAAAACAGUUUGCCAAGAAAAUGAAAGUUUGGGAACCGCCAGAAAGUAGAUCUCACGUUGUGGACAACUUACCACGGAAACGACACAAAAAAACAACAACAGAAUCAUCAAUAUCAGAUAGAUUCUGAUAGAUGAUCGACGCCAAGAGCCAUUUAAAGUAAUCAAAUUAUCAAGGAGUCAUUUAGAUUUUGGGUGGCUGAGUGGUGAGUGGUCUAAACUGAGCAAAUCUCAAGUUCACGGUGUGGAGUUCAAUACCCACCAAUGUCCAGUCACGCCAAAACAGCACCCUUGGCGGCUGGGACGCGUUGAACUUGGAUGGAAACUCAUCUAAGGGAAGGAAGCUCUGUAUUAUAUAUCAUUGUUACAAAGAAAUAUCUCCGCGACGCCAGCUGUAGCAUCCACAGGAUGUUUCCUUGGGUUAUCCAGCGGCGCGAAGAGAGGCGAUUUGAUGGUGGGCUCCAGCUUAUAAUCCUAGAAGAAUAAUCCUAGCCCCCCCCCUCCCCCCCUGUGGAUUUCGUCCUGCGAAGUCCACACCAUUGUGACAGACGGAUUCCAGCAUAAUGAUUUUAACAACAAAUACAAGGUAAUUAAUUUAAUGUGUUUGUUUUUUUUUAAAUUACGAUUUAUUCAGCCUUUCAUAAUUAUUUUUAAAGUUUUUAACCAACACCGAACUAUUCUGAAUGAGUCUGUCAUAAAAAUUUAAAAACAGUUUUAAGCUAUUUAUUAGAACUAAUGAUAGUGAGGCAGAUCGUCAUCUCUACCUCCCUGAUACACCUGCUAGCCAUUCCUACAUGAGAGAAUGGCACAGAUGUAUCAAAUGAAUAAGGGAAAUGACACGUUUUACAAAAUUAUUUUAAAAUCUUAUUAUUAUUUAAAAUAAUUAGCUGUUAAAUACUUACGUUGAUUCAUGCUUAAAACUAUGGCAUCGUUUUUUGUUGAUUUGAAUAAUAUCCCGUUUAAAUAUAAUACAAAUAUCAGGAUAACUGGUGGUUGGGGGGGGGGACACUAUAUUUGUUGUUUAAAAUAAUGCCUUAGACUGAAUAAUAAUUUUAAUUAUUUUGUUUUGACGGGAGUCAUUAGUCCAAUAUAAAGAGAAACGGCGCAGCGACAGACCUAGGCUUAGAUGGAUUGGUGAUAAGGGGAAAAUCUACAUCAGCUGCGAAUCCAAGCAUGGACAAAAAUAGCAUAACUUAGGUCUAAGUGGAAGGAAGUGGUGAGGCAAGCCGAAGAACUCCAUGGGCUGUAGCGCCACAGGGAUGGAUAAUGUAAUUGAAAACAAGUCGACAGGUUGUGCUUGAUUUCAUAGCAUUAUUUUAAAAAUGUAAUUCGUGGGCUUUAUGAAAUUUGAACAAUGUUUUUAUUACCAAAAGAGAAUAGCUAUUUAAGAAUUUUUUAUUAUUAUUAUUAUUUUUAAAAUAUUGUAAAGAUCACCAAUUAAUGCUUACCCUGCAUUAUGGGACACUUUUAAUAAAAAUGUUUGGGAUUUUGAAAAUGUCAAAUUCAUUAGUAUUUUUAUUACUCUAUUGGUCUUCUUUUUUUUUUUAAACUAGAAAGUGUAAUCUAUUUUUACUUGCCUCUAAAUGAAAUUCUAUAGUUCCUUUUAAAAUGCAUACAAUUUGAUUUUGUUUUCAAAGCUCUGAUUAUGUAAGAUAAGAUUAUUUAUUGAUCCAAACGUUGUUGUUUUUUUUUAAAUUUACAUUGUAACUAUUCCAUUACAGUCCAUUAGUAAAUAAAUAUUUAAAGAAAGAUACAAUUUUACAACACAAGACGUGUCAAUUAUUUCUAUGGCGUGAAGAUCAUCAAUCACAAACCAUAAAACUUAAACCACUCUGGGGUAGCACGCUGGUAAAAUCCGAGAGGCUGAGGAACAACACACACAUUGUAUGUGGAGUCCAUGAGUAGAACACGAUAUAUUUGCUUUUUUCUUUUCUCGUUGACAUAAACAUCACUCCCUUCAGAAAAUGCAGAACAAUUCUUAUGCGAUAUACAACACAUUGGUUAUGUACACUUAAAAUGCUUUUUUUUUUUCUUUCCUCAAAAUAUUUUCUUCUCAGAAUUAAUUUCCUUCUUCAGUUGUAAAUUAUAUUUAGAGCAAUUACAAUCUUAAAGAUUUGUUUUCUUUAAGAAUCAUCUUUUAUGAAUUUUAAUUUUUUACCAUUUUUUUUUGGUUGCAUUGUAUUAAGUAAAAUUUAGUUAAUCUGAGUUUUUCAAAAUCUCAUCCUAAAACGAAUAUUUUGUAUUUAUUUUAUUAGACUCUAUUUGCUAUAUAUAUAUGUUAUCUAAAACGCCAUUAGCAUGUCAAGCCUACAUAGAAAUGUACAGUUUUACAACAUCUGCUUAAAAUAAAAGUUUGUGAAGAAAUUGGAAUUGCUCUUCAAAUCGACUUCAUCAAAAUUCUACAGCAAUAGGGGUAAUGGGGUAAGCUACUUGAAUGUGCUGUUAAAAUAGUUCUAAGUGAAUUAAUUUAUGUACUAUAUAAUCAUGAGCAGAGUAUGUAAAUUGAAGAAUUGAAUAAAGGGGGCAAAAAUAUAUAUAAAGGAAAAUAAAAAAAAUAUUUUUUUUUAAAUUCGUGUUUAAGGUUUACAUGAUUUUAAAACGUAAACUAUACAUUGUGUCAAAACUUAAAUUAUAUAAUAUAUAUAUUAUUUCUUGUUCUCUUUAAUGUCUGGAUUUAUUUUUUUGCUAUUUAUCAAACACUUUUAAAUGACCUUUUUAGAGAAUCAUACUCUACCCUAAAAACUACUUGCAUUGUUUUCUCAACGUUUACAUACUCAUUGACCUACCUCAUCUCUUUUUUCUCCCUUUAACCCAAGAAAUGAUAUUAUUUCAUCNUAUAUAUAUAUAUAUAUAUAUAUAUAUAUAUGUCUGUGUCCCUAGAUGUGCUUUGAUGCUAUUCAGAGAUGAACAAGUGUGUGCACCUGAAAGUCACAGAUCCGUGGGAGCAAACAUAAUUUGAUGACGAGAAAAUCUCAAGGAAUGUACAAUGUUUUGAGACAGUAAAAAUUGAUGGACUAAAAGUAUUUUAAAACACAUCAACUUAAUACAAAGAUAGAUCAAUAAAUACACAGCAUUAGUUAUAGGAAAAUGGAGAAUUAUGCGCGAACCAAACCCACCGCUCACAGAUUAGACGACUACAUGACGAGACUUGCGACAUUCAGACACGGAGUGCUCCCCGACUUCCACAUUUCCACGUUUUCUCUGGCCGGAUCUGGAUUUUACCAUCUCGGCGAUAUCCCUUCAAUAAAAUGUGUGGGCUGCGAACAAGUGGUCGACAUUUUCACCGUCACGGGUGACCCCACGGAUAGAAGAUACCACAAAGAACUGUGCCGGUUUAUUACUCCUUUAAAUAGUAGUCCCGUUCACGGUUUUCAAGAAGCCGGCGAUAUUGAAUCAGACGGCUGCGCGUCCUCUCAACAAGAGAUUCGGACAUCACGUGGUGCGGCGGAACAACCGAACGUUCGGCCGAAUGGGCAUCAAAGCCACGAGGAAAGUGCAGCCUUUUUCGACAACGGUGGAGGUGGAAAUUCUGGGGAAGACACGUCAUUAUUUCAACUACCGAAUGCGGGUUCUCAAGUAUUUCAAGAGUGCCAACAAGGGGCUUCGAAUGCGUGUAAGUAACUUCUGUUUGGCAUUGAAAGAGACACAGUUUAAAUGUUAACGUCAAAACAAGAAAUUAGGAACACAAGCACAAAUAAACAACAUUCCGAACAUCAGAUACAAAAAGUUAAUGUGUUUCUUGACAUUUAUUUUAGCUUACAAGCUUAUUUUGUGUGAAUGAGAUGAAAAAAUGUAUCGAAAAAUUAUGUCGUCGGGCAAGUGAACGCUGCACCAAAUUAGGUGUUUGUUAUCUUGAACCUGAUAACAAUAUAUUACAGUGAUAUAUGUUUAUUUUUUCCUCAAUUGUAAUUUAAUCGUUUUAUUUUUCUUAAGUGAAAUUGCACGAAAAUUUUGUGAAUUUUUGUUCUGUGUCUGUCUUAGGUGAUUUCAAGGAAACCACAAGAAAUAAGACAUCAAAAAGUAUUGACUUAUCCGAUUUUGGCGAUUACCCCGGAGAAAACUAUUUCUGUAAGUGAUUGACACUGACCAAUCACAAAGCGUCCAAUUUUAGAACUCUCAAAAGAUGCCAAUAAAUGAUGGCAUAUUUAACCAUAUUUGAAGCAUAUAAUUGGGUUUUAGAUGGUUAGAUGAUAAAAUAUUUUACUCUGCCAAUACAUUCAAAUUUCUACUCUUUAAUACACAAAAACACUAAUUAUAGAAUGUAUUAAUUACAUCAGUUUUAUUUUCAAUCCAAACAGAUGAUUCGGACACAGUCAGACCAGAAUGCACGGAAAUUGUCAGAAGCAGCGAUAUUCUGACACCAGUGCACGUUUUACAUUGUGAGAAAAACACCGGUCACUACGCAUAUUUCCCAACAAUUUCGAUUAAGCCAGAGCAAAUACCAUCGUCCACUCGAGAUUCUAUUACAUUAAAAUUUCUACAAUCAUGUUCAGAUCUUACCGUUAGAUUGUCAGUAAAGUUUACGAGUAAAAAUCGGCCAAGAGAUGACCGCUUGACGGAAAGUCGGACAACACCGAGAUACGGGUCUGGUUUUAUGUUCGAUGAGCCCAAAGAAGACGCCAGUGAUGAAAAAUCAAUGAAGCGGUUCGUACCAUUUAUCGGUAAUAGUAAGAAGCAUCUCAUCUUCAUCAGAACGAAUCGCCACUUGAUCUUCGAUCAAACCGAGGCCGAGAACACAACCGUCGAGUUUAGGUUUCAUCACAGCAAUGGUAGGGGAAUCACAACUCUGAAGGGAGAGAAGAUAUUAUUCAGCAGAGUAGCAGCAGAAAUCACAGUAAUACUGGUAUGUUCAUGUUCAGAUAGAGAGUUUGUUCAUCGCUUGAUUAAAAUUAGAAAUGACGUAUUGGACUUGGCGGAGAAAUUACCAGCCAGAGCCAAGCAGAGCAUGACGAAGAAGAUUUUUAUCAUACACCAUCCGCAUGGGUCAGACAAAGUUCUGUCUUACGGAGACUCGGUGAUGAUCAAGUAUGUCGUGGAUAAAGCAGGAGAGAAUGGCCGGAAGAAAUUGACGAAAAUAGGUCAUCAAAUCAAUAUAGGUACAAUUGAGUUAAAUAGUAUUAUUACCAUAAAACAUGUUGUAACGAAAAUAAUUAUUUAGUUAAUGUAACUAAUAGUUUUGCACUUUUAAACAAAAUAUUUGUAAAGAAUUGAUUUAAAUAUUUGAUAUUAUUACAUGAGAGUCGAGUAACAGAAGAUAAUUUUUUUUUUUUUUUUUUUACAAUGGUACACAGUUAAAAUUGAAAAUUUUUUAUUUAUGAGACAUGAUGACAGAUUUUUAUAAUCUACACCUUUUCUGAUUUGCGUCUGACCACGCUCACAGAGUCCUUCGAGUAUCAGAAGAUAAUUUUUUUUUUUUUUUUUUUUACAAUGGUACACAGUUAAAAUUGAAAAUUUGUUACUUAUGAGACAUGAUGACAGAUUGUUAUAAUCUACACCUUUGCUGAUCUGCGUCUGACCACGCUCACAGAGUCCCUUCUUGCGGCGUACAAUGACGUGAGGAAGGUCCUGCUGUACGCUGCAGACACGUGUCCUGGGUCAUCAGGUGCACCUGUCAUCGCUUUUCAAAAAAAGACUUUAAGUGACGGAAGUCAGAAAUACGAUUUAGACAUUUGGAUGCACAAUGGAGUCGACGCAACAAAUAAUCUCGGGGCAUCCGUUAUGAAAGGUAAACAGAUCGAUUGAAAUAUUUGCUUCACAUGUUUCACUGUUAAGUAAAAUAUCGAUUUUUAAAAAAAAACUAUUUGAAAUCCUUGAUCAUUACAAAAUUUGAUCUUAUUCUUAAGGAUAGUGUUGUUGUUUUUAUAUUAAUAAUUUAAGAUCAGAUAAUUUGAAACAAGCAGAUGUAAUCUUUGCUUAUCAUUACAUUUAAUAUUUGAUUUUACCAUUAAAUUUAAUCUUUCAUUUUAUCAUUAGAUUUAACAUAAGAUUUAUCAUUAGGUUUAAUUUUUGCUUUAUCAUUACAUUUAAUAUUUGCUUUACAACUAAAUUUAGUAUUUGAUUUACCAUUAAUAAUUUCUUUAUUAGUUUAUAUUUUUUGUCUCGGGUUGAUCCUGUAGUAUAGGCCAAAACAUGCCAAAGUGUCCUCGUUUUAUAGCCAUUUUAAUCGUUUCUAUAGUAUAGUAGUUACUAUCCUAGUGUUUCUGGUUUCUCAUUUUUAUUUUACUUAGUUUACAUUUUUUUAAUAAUUGUAGAGCGCUUUGAGCUUUAAGGUAAGCGCUAUAUAAAAAUGCCUAAAUAAAUAAAUAAAUAUUAAGUAAUACAAGAUUAAAAUAAUAUAUACAGAUUUCCAAACUAAAUGCUUAUUGAACAUUAAAAUUUAAGUACAGUUGUAAUCGUAUCGGACGAUUUGGAAUAAUUUUAUUGAAAUUUGCAUUUGCUUUGUAAGUUAGAUUUCAUCUGAAUGUAGGUUUGAGAAUAAUUACUUACUGUAAGUACCACUGUGUUUUGAUUUUUUUUUUAACCGUAAUGAAAUUAUCGUUUGAUGUCCAGCUUACACCCAAGAAGACUUUGAGUCGGCUACCACUGCUCAUCAGACAAGCUCGACUAACCAGACGCAUCAAGACGACGACAGUGAUGAUGAUGGUACCAAGAACCAGGAAGUGACAUCGCCCGUCUUUAAAGUUCUCACACAUCCAUCCUACCCGGUUUACAUAGCGUAUCAAAAGAGAUUAGAGAGUUUUGUUAAUUGGGAGUAUGGCCAUAUACACAGACCAUCUUCGCUGGCAUUGGCGGGAUUUUUCUAUGCAGGUAAAUGUCAUAGACCUCAGGUUCCCUACCCCAUGGGUGGUGGGUGACCCUAUUUGUAUGUGGGGGGUCGUCGGCUCAAAAAGACAACUAAAUAAAAUGAUUGAUUUUAAAGCAGUCUUCCCAUGAAAUCGAUGUCCGGACGGCUGCGUAUAGCAAACCAUUUAGCGGAAUUGAAGUCCCAGCAAUAUCAUGACACUGGCCUUUCCUCUCUACAUAUCUCCGCCUGAAAGGAAUUUCGAGGCCUCAUCUAGUGUUAACAAAAGAUGUAGCUAUAAUAAAGAAGUUAACAAUAAUUAAAAUUAAACACUGACUAUCCAUGACUGUUUAUUCAUUUAUUUGUAACCUUUCACUUAUGUCACAGGUCAAAAUUAUAAUGAGCUUUUUUUAAUUAAUCAUGUUUGCUGUGCUUUCUUUUAGAAAUUAAAAUGCCAUUAAAUACUUUAUUUGGAUAUAUUGUGGUGUGGCUACUUGAAAUAGUUGGAAACCUGUGUUGUAAACCAAUUGUUUUGUAAAGCUACCCUUAUUUUCAAUUGAAUGCUGUCUUCUCAAGGAUUUUGCAACUGCAUUAAAAGGUAUUACAAGUAACUGCGGACCGAAGAUUGAAUGUUAAAUUAACAUAAGUUUCUUUUUUUAAUUACCUUUCUUUAAAAAAAAAUCAUACUUAAACUACAUGAAUACGACACGAUCACUGUGACUUUUUUUUUUUUUGCAUUUGCACACUCCAGGCUAUGCGGAUUGCGUCCGGUGCUUUCAGUGUGGACUUGGUCUGAGGUCCUGGAAGCCAGGAGAUGAUGUCUAUGCUCAACAUGAAAAACACAGACCGAAUUGCCCAUUUUCGCAGGCACACAGAAGUGCUGUGAUAAAUAAAGAAACGGCCCCUGGUGAGUUCUUAUUUCUAUAAGUCCUCCUCCUGAAUAAGUUUUCAAAUGAAUUUUUUUUAAGGUUUCCUCGAGUUAUAUAUAAUUAUUGUAAAACACUCUGUAAUUUUUUAUAAAUCCAGAUUUGUAUGCUUAUUAAAUGUUAUGUAGCCCCUUAGCUUUAGCAUCUAUCAUGUUUCAUAACUAUUACUCAUGUUUAUUUAACUUUCUUUUUUAUUGGAUUCAAUUACAACAACACAAUUUUUUUUUUUAAAUGUCCACAACUGCAGAUAUCGAAAGUCGACUUCUGGUCUUUUAGCUGAAACAUAAUUUCUAAAGAACUCCUCCUCCCCCCCCCCCUUUUUUAUUUAUCUUUUUUUUUUUUUGGAUUUAUUUACAACAACUUUAUUUUUUUUUUUAAAUGUCCACAACUGCAGAUAUCGAAAGUCGACUUCUGGUCUUUUAGCUGAAACAUAAUUUCUAAAGAACUCCUCCUCCCCCCCCCCCAACCUCCUUUCCUUUUAUGUUUUCAUCAAAAAGACUCACCCCUUUUGAAAAACUAUACAUGAAAUAGUUUAACAUAUCUUUUUUCUUUAACACAAAUUAUCUUUGACUUCCGUUAUUAUUAAACCUAUAUUAAAGUGUAUUGCAUCUAAUCAAAUGUUUCUUUAACUUUAUUGUCAUAGACAUAGACAUACAAAGACAUACGUAGACAUACAUAGACCUGUGCCGUUGAGGUGAAGUUUGUUGGUUUAUUAUUUCUAUUUAAAGUUAUCUUUUGAAUUAUAUAUGUUUUUUUUUGGUGUUAAAUUGGCAUAGAUUCCUGCACAAAGCAUUGAUUUUUUUAAAAGCAUCAAAGUAAUGUUUUGGGGUAAACAAACUGAUAUAAUCAAUUAAACUUGAGCACACUGAACCAUCCUUUCAUCCCCGUGGCCCUACAGCCCAUGUAGGUCUUUGUUCGGCGUCAACACUUUUUUUCCACUCAUACCAUCCAAUCCUUCCUUGUAGCUGCUACGGCCCCGCGUAGGGCUUUGGCCUGCCUCACUUCUUCCUUGCUCUCAGACCUAAUUGAUGCUUUUAUUUUCCAUGCUUUCAUUCCCAGCUGCUAUAGAUCUCUUUCAUCGUCCAUCCAUCCAUCUAAACCUAGGUCUACCGUUGAGCCGUUUUCCUCUGGAGUUUUGAUGAUGUAUCCUCUUCACUCCUCUGUCAUCUGACAUUCUUUCUAAGUGUCCUGCCCAGCAUUUUUACUUUUGCUACUAGCUUUUGACCCUGGUAUAGACUAUAACCAUGUCUGGUUUGUUCGUAUUCUUCAUAACACUAAAAUAAAAAUAAUAAUUAUUAGACUUAAUUUUUGCGAAUUAAAAAUGUAUGUUUUGUUAGUCGGGUUUCAUCUUGUGUAUAUAAUGGUUAAGUACAUGAAUUUAUAUAUUAUAUUUAAUAUAGGUAACACAAUUAUACAACGCUAUACAUAACACACAAUAAUGGUUUAAAAUGUUCUGUAAUAUUUACAAAGCUAGCAUUGUGUAUUACGAUACGAAACAAAUCAUUUGAUCUUUUACAUUUUUAUCCUAUAAUUAACUAAGAGAAAUGUUUUAAUAAUUAAUUGAUUAUAUGACUUAAUUAAAUAAGUAAAAGUACAUUAAAUGAAGUUAAAAUAUCCUUAUGUAUACAUUUUUAAUGUAAAUAUUUUUUUCUUUCUUUCAGAAUCCAAACCCUCUUUAUCCCAGGAAAAGCUCACGGUCACUUUACUGAAGAAGGAAAAUGAAAAACUGGAAGGACAACUGAAAUGCAAAGUUUGCUUCAAGUCACAGGUCAGAGAUUUGUUCCUGCCCUGUGGCGACCUCUACGCGUGCACUGACUGCUCCAAACUGCUCACCCACUGUCCGUCAUGUAACAAGCAGAUACUGGCCACUGUUACCACGUAUUUUAUAUAGUGAAUAGUAUAGUUGUGCCUUAAUUAUAAAUAUUUAUUAAACGAUAUUUUGUUUAAAUAACUUUAAAGUAUGGUAACAUGUUAAUUUCUCUUAAAUAAUAAUUCAUAUUUUUGAUGUUUUAACUGUGCUGUUGUAUUAUCUGUUACAUAAUAUAUUGUGUGAAAAAUUAUUGUUAUUUCAUAUAAUAUUAUUUUUUAUGUAUAUAUUCUAAAUAGUGAUGAAUUUCUCAUUUCACUUUCAGAUGCAAGAGUCAUUAAACUAACGUGUUUCACCAUUUUAUUGCAGGAUCACAAUUUCAAUGUUUACGGUAAUAUGACUUAAACACUUAUACUGUGCUACUUUUCAGAAGAUCAAUUUAAACGUUAAUAAAUAGAUAUGCCAUAAACAUUUUAAUAAUAUUGUUUUAAUCUUUUACUUACAGCUCUUUUAAAUGUUAUAAAUAUACAUUUUUAAAUAUAUUUUUAAAAAUUAUUUUAAAAAUUAUACAUAUUUAUCUGUAAGGGAGGCCCCAAAAAAGUGUAAUAUAAUUGCUUAAUAUUUGUAAAAUUAUAUCCAUAAAAGCUUGAAUAUUUUACUAAUUUAUUUUAAAAAACAUGAAUUUGGAACAUACCACCAAAGAAGACAAAAAACAGGUCUCGGAAGAUACCACCAAGGAAGCCAGGUCUUGGAAAAGCUGAUCAACGCUUUGACCCAAUUUCCGGAGAAUUUCUUGAUUUCCAGGGUAUUAUCGCCCAGUUUAACUAUAUGAUGAAAAUAUUAUCUCAUUUUCAAGCUUAGUAAAUGAAUGAAAUAGUGAAACGAGGUAUGUGGAAGCUUGAAAUAAGAUAACAGGACAAAAAACAAGGACUUCCGGAGACACGAAUGAAUACUGCUUGAGUUGUCUACUGUGCUCUUUUCUUUGUUUUAUUUUCAUUUCUAUUGUUGACUGAGGAAGGCUUUAUGCCGAAACGUCCUUGUUUUUUGUCCUGUCAUCUUAUUUCAAGCUUCCACAUACCUCGUUUCACUAUUUCAUUCAUUUACUAAGCUUGAAAGCAGUCCUUUCAUUUAUAUCUUCUAAUCUUAAGUCAUUAGGGUGCAGAAAAAAAUAAAUUCUUAAGGAACAAAUAAAAGGUACCGAUAAGUCAUAGACAGAAGCUACAGAUAAUUUUAGGAACCUGUGUGUUGGAGCAUUUGAUGAGGUUUACAUAGGAAAUAUUUACAUAUCUGAGAUUUACCUAUGAUAUAUAUAUAUAUAAAAUAAAAAUGUACAGUUGCUCUAUUGUUUUUUUAAACUGAAUUCCUUUACUUUCAUAUAUCCUUUCUAUCAAUAUCACUAUGAUUUAUUAAGAAUGAGAGUUCCUUAACUAUGUGAAAGUUAUACAACUAUAUCAAAACUAUCAUAAUCUGAUUUGAUUUUUAUAUUUUAAAAAAGUAUUUACAGAAUAAUUCGUAAACUGCAUAUCAACGAGUAUUUGUAUUCAAAACGACAAAAGAUUAAGGUAAUAUAUAUUUUUAAAACAAUUGCUUCCAUCUCUAUAAAACUAAACUUCUGAAAUUUACUAAUGUUUUAUAACGUCCCCAAAACAGUUACAUGGCAUCUCGACCCGGUAUUGAAGGACGGAUGCUUUAGCUAGUAUAAUUAUUUUUUAUUCGAUGAUGCAUGCAUAUCUCCGAUAAUUUCAUAUGUUAAUAUUCGCAAAAAAAUUUUUUAAAGUCAUAGCAAUGCAAAUAUAAUUUUAAAAUAUCAAGUACGUGCUGCAAUUUUAAAAUUGUGUUGAAUACAUAAAGUUAAAAUUGUGUUGAAUAUAUAAAGUUAAAAUUGUGUUGAAUACAUAAAGUUAAAAUUGAGUGUCUUAUUCAAUAAACUUUUGUUUCGUAAACGAUUUUGUAAAAUAAAUAACUUACUAGGGUGAUUCAUAAAAGCCAACAAAAUUCUCUUAGAAAAAAUGUUUCAUUUUGUAACUAUUGGCGUAUUUAUUUUAACGUAUUAAUAUAUUAAUAUUAUUGUAUAUUUUUAUUAAAGUAAAUUUUGUUCGUGUGUAUCUGUGCUUGUGGCAAAUUUGCGGACGCCUAAUUGACCCACUUUCCGUCCUCGUAUCGAAUUGAAACUUGGCUCACAUGGCAUUGUUGCCAAAAACAACACAUUCUGUCAAAUGUUCACCCCCGACCUCACCACAACCUCCCAAAAUCAGUUGUUCCCGUUUUUCAAAGGGAAGUUGAACGAAAUGUGAUUUGGUUGAUGGUUGCGUUUUUUAUAUGUGAAGAUGAAUUGUGUAACCGCUGCUAUGUGCUUUGCAUUUGUACAAUAUUUUGAUAUUCUGUAAAAAUAACGUGUAUUUUUGAAGGGCAGCAGGGAGGAAAUUGGAAAAUUUGUUUUGCAAAGAAGUUUAGCCAUUUAUAAAACCGCUACUUAAUCAAUGAUAAAUCACGGACAAUCACAUAAAUGGAAACAAAAAUUUAUAGACAGGAUUUAUACGAUGAACUUCGUUUUUAAGGGUUUUUAAAAAGUAUUUACCACUUGAUUACGAUUCAAUAAAUCUACUCAGAUGGGGCGAGAGUUGCCUAGAAGAAUAGGAAACUCUCGUUAUCACACUAGUUUCAUCGAAUUAUUAAAAAGUCUUUCAACAGACACUUGCACCUUACCAAUAUUCAACACGUAAAUGCUGGUUAACUUAAUAAAUGCACAGACAUUAUUUUAAUUGAAUUUUUUUUAAAUAUAUUUAAAUUGUUGUUACUUACUACUUAAAUGCGAAGCCGCGUAAAAAAAAAUAUAUUAUGGUCAUCUCGCCAUUAAUAGCGCAUGUUAUUGUUUAACAGCUUGACGUGUUCGUAUACUUACCUCCAUCUGCCCCGUAAACGUUUUCAAUAUUAAAAGUUUCUGCCCCAGAUUCAUUAAAAAAUUGAUGACAUAAAUAUGUGAAUAAUUAUGUAUAUAAUAAAUGUUAAUUAUGUGAAAUGUUAUGUAUAAAUAGUAUUUCCUUCCUCCAACUCUAUUAUUGUUGGUAUGAUGUCGGUACACAAUUUAAUCAGAGUCAUUUUUUAAAAAAUGUGUACUUUUUAUGUGUUUUUUUUAAAGAAUACCUUAAUCUAUCCUUCAGACAUUCUGUCAAAACAUUAACUGGAUAAAUCCACUUCAGACAUUUACUCAAAAUAUCCAUUUGUACAUAUACUUUAGUUAUUCACACCACACUUCUACUUCAGACAUCCUCUUCAGACAUCCACUCUAGAUGCCCAUUCCAAACACUACAGACAUCCACUACAGAUGUCCACUCUAGAUGCCCAUUCCAAACACUACAGACAUCCACUACAGAUGUCCACUCUAGAUGC